GAUGUACAGCUGGAGCUUGUAAAAAUUUGCUGUGGCAACACUUCCCAAGAGCAUAUGUACAUAGCGACAUCCAUUUGUACACAAAUGCAAAUACAUGCAUGUAUGUGUGCAAGUGUUCAUACAUUGAACAUGCAACACCGCUAUUUGAUAUUUUGAGUGGGAAACCGGCCAAAAUGUCCAAGAUCAGUAAAAAGCGAACUGAUUGUAUUCCAGAUGUUUUCGAGCUAUUGCCAAUUCGCGAAUAUCGAUGCGAAUUCGAAUGCGGCAAGGUAUUCAAGAACCGCAGUCCUUACGAGCUGCACUUGCGAAAGAAACAUGGCGUUGACAUCAAGGAGAAUAUAUAUAUAUCCUUUCGAUGCCCGGUCGAAAAUUGCGAUUAUUUGGGCAGACGUCUAAACCUGGUGCGUCGGCAUUACCAGAGCCAUCAUAUGGAGAAAAAAUACAACUGCGCCGCCUGCAAUCGAAAGUUCUUAACGGAAUCGCAGUUCCUGAAGCACAGAUGCGAGGUCCAGAUCUAUUCCUGCCAAAGGUGCUCCAGGACAUUCAAUUUAUUGAGCAUGCGGAACAGGCACGUCAAACAGUGCGUCAAAAAAGCAACUGCCCCAACGCCGUUGCCUAAUGCCAGCGAGGACGACGAAAGGGAGGACAACGGUGCAGAUGUUGACACUAUCGAAAAAGUGGAUGCCGACCCAACUAUCGACGAGUUCGAGCAACUGCUGCGGAAUAUUGAAAACAAUGUCGUUAAUGAUCCCGCAUUGAUCGAGGAGCUGGCAGUAUUAACCCCGAUCCUGCAGAGUUUACAAACAUAAAUCGCUUCGGACCGAAAUAUGUAAUUGCUGUGAACUAAAUGUUAAGUUUUUAUUUUAUUUUGCACUCAAAGUGAAUUUAUGUUUUAAUUAUAAGUCUAAAGUUCUGGAAAAAUUAGA